ACUCAAUAUAGACAACUGAGAAAUCACUUUAAUAAAGAAUGAUCUAAUAUUUGAUAGAAAAGAUGAAUUGUCAUCAAAUAUUAAGUGGUGCGUGCAAUGCAGGUGAUCGGUGCUACGCUGUAGGCUCUGUCGAAGGGAUUUCUUUUACUGCAUAUGCAGCAGGCUGUAACAUAGUAAUUCUUGCCAGUAAUUUUGAACGAGUUCAAAUAAUACCAGGAGCUGUGCAUAACUACAUAAGAAUUAGUUGCUUGGACUGCAGUACAGACACAGGAAAAAUAGCUGCAGCCUAUGAAAAUCAAGUUUGCAUUUUUGAACCUACUCCACUUAUUCAUAGUACAUGUUCUCAUCAAUUAGAAUAUCGAUGGGUUCAAACUGGUAGUCUAACAACUGAAUCAAAUAUUAGUUCCCUAUCAUGGAAUUUAGAAGGAACAAGAUUAUUAACUGGCGGGGAACUUUUACAAUUAUGGCAUCAAAAUAUAACCCCAUUUCAAGAAGAACAUAUGAUGAAGAUAAAUAGGUUACGAACUCAGGAAGGUGUUGUAACUGGACAUGAAGAAAAUACUUCAAAUAUUCUUCAAGACUCUGGUACAGUCACCUUUUCAAUUGGAGGAGAUGCUGAAAGUCCUGCGCCUGGUGAUUCAAGUAGUGGAAAUGAACCAGGAGCAUGGAACUGUGUUUGGAAAUGUCGUACAGCUACACCAGUGCAUCUCAUGAGUUUCAGUCCAGAUGGCACAUUAUUUGCGACAACGGGAUUUAAUGAUAGAUUGGUGAAGAUAUGGUUUGAAAAUAAACAAUUGUUUUCAACACGAAAUAUGGAUCACGUAAAUGUUACCCAAUCUAUGGGUAGUGACAGUUAUAGUUUUGUUUAUGUUGCUCAUCCUCGUGCAGUAACCCAUUUAUCUUGGCGCAAGACUAGUAAAUAUAUGCCAAAAGGAUCUGUUUCCAACAUGCUAGUUACAUCUUGUAGAGACAACAUCUGUCGAGUAUGGGCAGAAACUAUACCGCCUGAAGUUGAAGGUUUAGCAAAUAUGAGUCAAUUUGAAGGGUCUGACAGACAUGGCCAUCAUGGGAAACAUCGACAUCACAGCAUGCAUAAACAUCGAUUCAUGCAGCGGCUCAAACACAUGAAAACCUGUUUUCAUAUUCGUCGACAUGCAAAACAACAGCAUCAGGCAGGCCAUACCACUGCACCAACUUUACCAACUUUGCCUUCAACAUAUUCGGUUCAUGAUUUUCACAAUAAUUACCAGGGAACAGGUCAUUAUCCAGGAAUGCAUUUUCAUUUGGCAGCCAGUAUUAAUGCCGAAACUGAUAUACCAUUAGUACCAAGUUUAAUCACAGGAGAUCCUGAAAGGGAACCAAAUUUUAUUCUACAUUGGUUAAAUAAUAAAGAAAUGCAUUUUACGAUGCAAGCAGAAAGUAUUUUACAAGAGCUUACUCGUAAAGUCGUAGAAAAAGAAGAAGGAUUACAUCAACAAGAUGUAGAUCAUACAGAUCAUGAAACAGAUCAUGAAGAGGAAGGUUUAUCUAAGAAGGGAGUAAAAUUACAACCAGUACAGAAAUCAGGAGGCACGGUUCGAUCAAUGAGUCAAGAAGAUCAUAGUAGUGAUGAACAUCACACAACACACACAAUUUCAUCGCAUCAUAGCUUACCACAUAGCGCACAUUCUCACCAAAGUCUUAGUAAUACCACGUCCAUUAAUUCUAUUGCGACAGAUGUAACGUCUUCAAUAAAUCAUGCUCCGGAUUCAUUAGAUACCAAAAUAGAAACGUUAUUACGUGAUUGGCAUCACAAUCCAGAUUUACUUUUUUCAAUUCAUCCAAUAGAUGGAAGUUUUUUAAUUUGGCAUAUUGAAUGGUUGGACGAAUAUCAUCCAGGAUCAUUUCGACAAGCACAAAUAUCAUUUUCCACCAGAAUACCUAAUGCAUUUCCUUUGGGCGAUGCUUCUACAAUGAGUCAUAGUGUAUCAAUGUAUUCCCACAAUACAGGUGGUCCAUUGUUAAAUAUACGAGAAGUGGCAAAAUCAUCCACAAAACCAUCGAAUGAAGCUACUGAUAUUGCAACACCAUUACCGAGUUUGAUCGAACAGGAUGAAGAGCAGUCGACAUUAACAUCAAAAACAGGCCAGGAACUGUUAAAAAAUAUUGAAAAUUCGACAGAUCAAAAUGCCUCGAAAGAAAAAGACGGUCACUUGGAGAGUGGGAAAUCAAAUCAAGAAACGGUCGAUUUUUUAGCCCAUCCAAGUCCAAUUGUUUCUAUGGUGUCGAAACAUUCGAACGGCACAUUAAAUUUAUGGCAGUUAACAUUUGCUGACAAAACAAAAUUCUCACAAGUAUUAAGUAUUGGACACGCGUCGAGAGCUUCGGGACAUCGAUUUCGAGUGAACGAUAUUACUUGUCACCCAGUAUUGCCUUUAUUGGUGACUACAUCGCAUCACAAUAUACCAGAAUCCGGUUCUCAGUGCCAGAACGCUGAUUCAAACGAAAACGUUAGUAAUAAAUCAGACUCUAAUAAAACAACUUCAAAAGAUAUCUCACCUACUGGAUUUUGCAGCGAAUUAAUACUUUGGCGUGUGGACACAGUCGGGCCUUUGUCGAAGAGCGGUGGAGUUUCCGAAUUAGCGCGUAUUAAUUCUCCUGAAAUUUCAGCGUUCAGUAACGUAGCUUGGAUUCCAACUUUAUUACCAAGCACCACCUUGGGUAAUUUAUCAAAUUCUCCAAGCGCAUGUUUCGUCGCCAGCGAUGGCGAAUGUUUAAGGGUAUAUCAAGCUGUUAUCGACGCUAGAACACUGCUAGCAGAAGUAUCGAUUAGUGAAAGACGAAGUAGAAUGAUGGAUUCUAUGGCAAGUCUCUCGACAGAUAUGUCAUCGGACGAUAGUAUGAGACAUUCGAUUCAUGAUAGAAUAAAAAUUGUGUCCCAACAAUCUACAGCUAGGCCAGGUUGCGUCAUACAGCUGGAUGCUAUUUCUGAUGCUACGCAUGACUGGCAAAAUACACAAUUCUUACAUGUAUUCCAAGAACAAUUAAUUACUGGGGAUCGAAACGAUGAUAAACAAACUGGCGUAGAUACAUCGAUAAAUGACUUAGGGUUGAUGGAAUCUACCUUGGAUGCUAUGGUGGAUUUGCAACAAUCUGCGAUUUUUGAAGAACCAUUCUAUAUAGUUGUCUUAGAAAGAACGCAACAAGGUACAACGGUACAUAUGUGGCGUUUGGUGAUAGCCUCUCAACCUGAAACUACCGCACUGUCAGAAUCGAUGAUGUAUGUUCCGGAUUCUCAUCUGGUACAAGAUGAAGAUGAAGACGGAACACCUGGCCGUUAUAAUCAUCCAGAAGGUAAAAGAUCUCGUAGAGCGAGUCAGUCUCGUCGUGAUAGUCAGGGUGAACUAGAUAUGCUUUUUCAAAGACGACCUCAGAGCAGCCAUGUUCUUAUUACAACGACAAAAGUAUGCACACAAGAAUUGCCAUUACCAGACGGAGUCGAGGUAAUACAUGCAGCACCAGCCGCUGGACAUUUGAGCAGCUCUUCCAUAUAUCCUGCUUGCUUCGCGCCAUAUAUUGUUGUAACUGCAUGUAGCGAUAGUACGAUACGUUUUUGGAAAUGCAAAGUAACGAAAAAUCAAUCGAAAAGCAAGUUGGACUAUGAAUGGUGCGAAUGGGAGAUGAUACGAAAAGAUCAGGAAUCAACCAUAGACAUUACAGGGCAACCAUUAAACAUAAGUGCUGCAUAUAGUGGACGUAUUGCAUGUGCAUACAAAUAUGGAAAGUCAUUUACACGUCCUACCAAAAACGAUCCUGACUCUAGAUAUGUAAAUCUAUGUGUUGCUAUAUAUGAAUGCGAAAGCACUGGUGGAAGUGAAUGGAUUCUAGAAGAUACGAUACACCUGAAGAAUAUACAUUUACCAAGAAUUCCGGUGGACCAACACUUAGAUCUGAGUUAUCUCUACGAUAGUAAAUUUUUGCAAAAGAAGAAAAGACUUACUCAAGUGUUGCAAACGCUUAGCCACGAAGACGUGAGAUCACCGAGAAAUGGAGAAAACGGGGAAACUACAAAGCCGAGCGCAGGUUUGUUGGCUGUUCCGUCGUUUAGCACGCUUCAAUCGUUGCGAAAAUCGAUCAUAGAAAAUGGAAACACUUGUCCACUUACUCAGAAACAUCUAGUUCAGUUAGAUUGGGUAUCAAAAGAAGACGGUUCUCAUAUUUUGACCGUUGCUGUUGGGUCGAAAAUUAUGCUUUUCACGCCGGUGUGUUCCGAUCUUGCCCAAGCAAAUAUGAAAGCGAUGAAAGAAUCACAGAGUAAUAACCGGCCAAUAUUGCGCAAAGCUUCGUCAUUGGCACAGCCUCAAUUCGUUGAUGAAAUUCGUUGGAUGAAAUUACGAAAAAUCGAGUUGACCACGGCGGAUGGUCUACCACCGUUACCAAUGCAGAUAUCUUGGGUGAGAGACGGUAUCUUAGUAGUUGGCAUGGAUUCGGAAAUGCACGUUUACUCACAAUGGAAACCAAACCCGAAGAAGGAUUGUUUCCAUUCAAAUUUACAACAUCAAGAGUCGGACGAGUUUCAAGCUAGUCGAAAUUUACGAGACGAGGAUCUGCGAACGUUGGCGCAUGAAACGUCGCAGAGGCGAUUGGCAAAUGUAUCUUCGAUGCCCCAUCUUUCCCGGGUGAGCAGCAUCAAUUUAACGAUGCUCGACGCUAAGAAAAAACGAGGAAUGCAAAACGAGAACUUAAAUUUUGACUAUAUGCCGGAUUAUGGUUUGUUCGAAGCUUCGAGAAUCGCUUGUCCCGUUUUGCCUCAAUAUCAUCCGAAACAAUUAAUGGAAUUGUUAAAUUCUGGUAAAAUUCGAUGGGUGAAGGCUAUAUUGGCACAUCUUGUCCGAUGUAUAGGAAGUUCCUGUUCGUUGAGAGCAGACGACGAGAGUUUGGUAAAACAACGUGGAGGUGGGUGGUCCCGUUCUAGAACGAUGUCGGUUAGUUACGUAGGUACAACGUCGCCUCUGGAACCAAGAGGCUCGACCACGCAAAUACCGGAGGAACUUACGUUGGAUUAUGCGGAGAUAACAUCGAUAUCUCCGUUGCCGCUUUGGACUCUAUUGAUAGCGGACAAGGAAACUAACGUACCGCAUCAACACAAAACCGAAGAUAAACAGGAUUACAAUGAAUUGUUUAACAGCAAUAUGGACGAAGGUGAAUCGCUGGAUGAUAUGUUGGAAGAAGGUUACGACUGUUCCCGACAGAAAGAUAGACGUUCCUCAGUCCCGGAGAGACAAGGAAUAUCUCAUUUUGGACCACGACAAGGCAGAUUGUUGUCUCGAUUGUUAACGCACACUCACUUGCCUGGCUUAUCCAGCCUCGAUCAAAUGCACUUGCUCGCUUUGGCCGACACCGUCUCUACUUGCAAUGUAGAUUUUGCAGAAAGAUUUGCAAUAGAUGCCGCGAAGAAUGCCAUUGCGAAAGAAAAUUUGACCGGUAUUCCCGACGGAGAAGCGGUCUCGACCGAUUCGUUGGACGAUUGCGGCCUUCGAUUCUUAUUAGCCAUGAAACAUUACAAUUACUUGAUUCGCUGUCUGCCGCUGGCGCAGAGAGCGCAGUUUCAAAAACAAGGAAUAUCGUCGAACAAUCUUGUCUGGGCGUUUCACUCCGAAUCUGAGGAGGAAUUGUUAGGAUUGAUACCCUCUUAUGCGAAAGGGCAACCAAAAUGGAGCGUCUUAAAGGAACUCGGUAUUGGUUGGUGGAUCAGAAACAACACCAUCCUGAAAAAAUGCGUUGAAAAGAUUGCGAAAGCUGCUUAUCAACAGAAACAAGAUCCUCUUGAUGCCGCGCUUUAUUACUUAGCUAUGAAAAAGAAGAAUCUCGUUUGGGGAUUGUUUAGAAACAAGCGAGACGAAAGAAUGACAACCUUCUUCGCGAACAACUUUACGGAAGAUCGUUGGAGAAAAGCAGCCUUGAAGAAUGCGUUUGCUCUACUUGGCAAACAAAGAUUCGAGCAUGCUGCGGCAUUCUUUUUGUUGGCAAAUGCACUAAAAGAUGCUAUCGACGUAUGUUUGAAUAAGUUGAACGAUAUACAAUUAGCGAUGGUUAUCGCCAGACUUUAUGACGACGAUACUACUUCUUCAAAUCUGAGAAGAUUGCUGUAUGAAGAAAUUUUAGGCUGUGACAAGGACGGACAAAAUCCGGAUAUGAACAAAGCUCAUCCAGAUCCAUUCUUACGUAGUAUGGCUCUUUGGAUUCUUAAGGAUUAUGCAGGAUCGCUCAACACUUUGCUGCUUACAAAUGUUGGAACUUUGCAUCCUCAAUAUAACGACGAAUCUGAUAAACCGGAGGGUACAACAGCAAAUCCAAAUGUUUUCAAUUUUUACGUUUACCUUCGAACACAUCCAUUGCUGAUCAGACAAUAUAUCGCAUCUACUGCUCAAGAUAAGAAGAAAGGUCAUUCUGUAGUCAUAUCUGGAUUUAGUUAUGGUACAGAAACGAAAUCACAACCUGACAAACAGUUAACUUUGGAAGAUAGCAUUACACCUUUGGAGAGACAAUUGUAUUUCACGACUGCACACGCUCAUUUCAAAGCAGGCUGCCCUGCUCUUGCUCUCGAGGUUCUUUCUAAAUUGCCUAACAAAGUGAUGGAGACAAAUUGCGAGGAUUCGCCCAGCCUGUUGAAUAGUCCAAGUAAAUCAAGGACACAAGAUUUGCAAAUAGACACCGGAAUUAUUAGUUGGGAUGACAAUUCGAAAAAAGCUGACAAUGCCGAAGCUAUUAUAGAUUGGUCUCAACCUAUGACACACCAAACUGAGGAAGAAUUAGUGUUGAAUUGGGAUGACGAUGAUGAACAUGAGGAUACCGACAGCCCGCCUUUAAGCAUGAAAUUAGACAAAAAAGAAGUCACCGAUGAUUUGAAAGAAACACAACCGGAGAAAAACGAAAAAAUUGAUAAAUCGCCAGGACAAUUAGACAUUAUGGCACAACAAUUGAAGUUUGUGGCAUGUUUGAAAAUUUUAAUGGAAGAAUUAUCAACGUUGGCAACGGGUUUCGAAGUAGACGGAGGUCAACUUCGAUAUCAGCUGUAUGUAUGGCUCGAGCGAGAAGUAGAUGCUCUCAGACAGCUUUGUAAUUAUAGUGUUAGCUCGGAUGGAGAUGCAAACAACGCGUCGGAAUACGAAGGUGGUAUGGUAGAUGAUGUGCAACCAUGUAAAUCUGGUGAACAACCAACGUUACAUGAAAUAUUGAUGGCCGAGAAAUUAGAUUUCGAAGCUAAGGUUCAACGAGCUGCUAGAAGGAAAAAGUGGUUGAAAGCGAACGAGACAUUAUUACGAACAUUACUAUCCUACUGUUCUUUGCACGGAGCAUCCGGUGGUGGUUUAGCAUCCGUGAGAAUGGAACUUGUCCUUUUGCUACAAGAAUUGCAACAAGAAAAGACUCAGCAGCAACUACUUAGCCCUCUUCCAUUUCCAACCACGCUUCCACUUCUAAGCGCAAGUGUAGCGUGCAACAAAACUGUUGUGGCAGAUCCGGUUAGACACUUGCAGUCUCUUGCUCACGAUAUGUUGCAGACAUUGGUGGAAUUACGUAACCCACCAAUGCCUGCAAGAAACACGCAUUAUUGCGAAGUAUUCAUAAUGAGAGAUUUAGCGGUUGCUUUGAGUGCCUGUAUUUAUCAAUCACUUUGUGAUUCGGAUACUUUUGUUAUGAAACAUCAACAGCCAGACAGUUUUCCAGCAUUUGCAGAAAUAGAAACAUUCUCUGGUGGACACUUGGUAGCAUCGAAUCGCCAUCAUCGAAGGUAUUCGACGGACGAUGGUGUUUGCAUUACUACGUCACCUUCUAAAUGGCCCGGUGUGACUAACUUACGUGCAUUGUUGGCUCGAGAGAAAGACGAAGACAUACCAAAAUUGAAUAUUCUGCUUUGCGAAGCUUUUGUGGCAACAUACAUGAGUUUGUUCGUUUAUGCACUGUGGAGUUGCGACAGUCAUAUUCUUUAUAGGCUCGUAGGUCAACACUUUGACAAUAACACCUGGUCUUGUUUGUUUGGCGGUGGAGUGAAAAAAUUGCUACGUGUCGCAAGUACAAGUAGCCAGGCGAGUGGAGCAGGAAGAACGAUAGAAAGAGGUGAUAGUGCUUCGAACGAAAUACAAAGUACUGCAGGGACUGUGUGGAACACCAUGACCUCAUUAACCAAACAACGUGUAAAAUUGAAUAUGAAAUUAUUAGGCCAAUUUACGGGCCAACAACCAAAUAUGAAAGAAGACAAACCUACAUAUAGAGAACAAUUUGUUUCACCUCAAAUGAGCAUGAUAUCAUAUUUUUUAAUGAAGCCACAAAUAGAUAGUGAGUAUGCGGAUGAAAUUGAUUACGAUUCGUCCGAUUCUGCAGUAUCGGACUUGGAUUCCUCCGAGGAUGAGGAAGACGUAUUUGACACUAAUUCAAAACCAAAGAGCAAACCAAAAGACAAUACGGAACAUACGAAUCCAAAUUCAUAUAGCUGGUGUGUUAUGCGGUUAGCCAUAGUUAAGAUACUGCAGCAGCAACUCCAAGAGUUUCUGAACAUUGCUGGAAUAGAGAUGCAAGAAUUACCUGUGAAUAGUCCUUUGAUUCACGGUACGUUAGCUGUUGUGGCACAAUGGCAAGAAACAUUGCGCGAAGAGUUAGAUAAUAGAGGACCACCGCCAAUCAAUUACAUUCCUGGUUGUGCACCAGAUCCAACGCCUACACCAGGAAAGCCAGCAAUUCAUAAAUACCGGUCUUUACUUGAGAAAAGCAAUACUCCUUUCAAUACACGUUUGGCAUCAGCAGCUCCUGCUAACCGACUAUGGUGUUAUUUAGUCCGACAAGAGUUGGUACAAGAAAUUUUUAUCCGAGCCGUAUUCGGCAAACGUAGAUCUUUAUCGUCAAUUUUGGAGAGCAAUCAGGCUACGAUUGAUAAUUUGAAUCGUGGAACAACUGCAGAUGACAAAGGUAGCGACAGCGGAACUACUAGUUUGCCAGAACCUGUUCGUAUUAUUCACAAGGAACAAGAUAGCAUUAGUGCCUUUUGCCUUAAUCAGGUGAAUCCAGGUUUAAUGGCCUUGGCAACUCCUCGAGAAGUGCAAGAAAUGAAUAUAUCGCUAUUACUCGAACUCCCAUCUUGGUUGGAAGACGAAUGUGAAUUUGACAUUAUAAAUUUAAACAAACAACCAGAACCGGAAUCAGUACCACCAACUAGUUUUUUAGUUAUUCAGACAGCAGCAGAUAGGCCGUUGCUUGCUCAAAGUCCACAAACAAAUAAUCCGCCGCCUCAAUCGGGUAUUGCGAGUCAAAGUGGAAGAGGAGCUAGCGUGAUGAAGGGGAUGCCCGCUUUCCCUGGCUCCCACGACCUGCGUUUCUGUCAAUUUGUUGCCGAUAGAAGCAAACACUUGUUGCAACCGAUUCUGAAGCAUAAAAUCGAUGGCAUAAGAAGGAUUUCUUCGCAUCCGCUUUUACCAUUAUAUUUGACUGGCUGUCAAGAUGGUUCGGUGUCCCUUUGGGAAUGGGGACAUCAAACGGCGGUAGCGACUCCUCGACCACCGGGUACUUUUGCCAAAGUGACCCGUGUACGUUUCUCACAGCAUGGGAAUAAGUUUGGUGUUGCGGAUUCUGAUGGACAUUUGAGUUUGUUUCAAGUAGCCUGCAGAGAAGGAACUGCGCGACCAUUCUUUAAUUAUCAGUGCCAUAGCAAGGUGACGGCCGAUUUCGUCUUCCUUGGGGCGUGCAGCUUAAUAGCAACCGCUGGUCAUGGUUCCGAAGGGCGUAAUGUUGCGCUUUGGGAUACUUUACUUCCACAAAAUAAAUCUCUCAUCCAAGGUUUCACCUGUCACGAACAAGGAGCUAGCUCGUUGAUACUUGCACCCCAACAUCAGCUAUUAAUCAGUGGUGGAAAGAAAGGUGAUAUUAAUAUAUUUGACGUUCGACAACGACAGCAACGUCAUCGCUUUCAAGCUCACGAGUCGGCUAUCAAAUGCUUAGCUCUUGAUCCGCAUGAAGAAUUUUUCGUAAGUGGAGCAGGAGAUGGUGAUAUUAAGAUAUGGGGUUUAACCGUCCAUUCUCUGCUUUACUCUUUUCCCGGAGAGCAUCCACGAUCUAGUUUCUUUAAAAACAUUGGACAAGGUGUAACGCAAUUACACGUCGAUUCUGCCGGUCGUUUAUUUUCAUGUGGUGCAGAUGGAUCUAUGAAAGUUCGUCAACUACCAGAACGCGAUUGCGUCGUACAUACUUUAUAUUAAAGUAGUCCAAAAACAUAGUGAAAUUUCGUUAGAACAAUACUUGAACACUCAGUCUAUUUGCCUAGAAAAUAACUGCAAACUAAACGUUCGUAAUUACUAGAUAUGCGGAUACGUACCUCGUUAACUUCCUCUUCAUUCUCUCUCUCUCUCUCUCUCUCUCUCUCUCUCUCUCUCUCUCUCUCUCUCUCUCUCUCUCUCUCUCUCUCUCUCAUGUUCAAAGAACGAAUGGUUACGCUAAAAUAAUGAUAAAAAUUUCGAUAAAAA